AUGGCUUCCCAUCAGCGGGAGGAUACUACGCCAUUCCUUCUGCAGCUUUUCUAUAAGAAUGGGUCAUUUCACAGAACAGACGAGUUCACUUCGAGGAGCCUUCCACCCUUUCUGUCACUCUACACAUGGCCCGACUGUUCCCUAAACGAGCUCGCCGAGCUCAUCACAGCUGAAGACCCGGCGUUGCUGCCGAGCCCUUGCGUGGGCACGAGGCUCGCCUUCCGCCUCAUCUACCCCGACACCCGCAAUGCGGGGGCCAACGCGGGAGGGCAGCAUCACCACGGACAAGCGCAGGGGCCACGGUUCAUGGUCAAGGACCUGGGGAGCGUGGUGCUCGGGGACGGCACGGCUGAUGCGCUCCUGGCUGCCGACGGCGAGGCGGAGGACGGGGUAGACGAUGUUGACAUGUCUGGCGCUGCUACGGCCGGCGGCGGCGCCCAACAACCCGACGACGCUGACUCGGCCAAGGACAAGACGCUUAAGGAGGUCAAUUUCGUGGUCGGGGACUAUGUCUCGUGCGCUAUACUGCCGCCGCUGCCGGACGGCUCGCUAGCGCCGGCCUUGACUGCGCGCAACGAUAGGGCGGCGGGGCAGUUUGGCGGUGCGAGAGGCCCGAUGGGCGGUCCGCCGUCGCAGGGGCAGCGUCGGGACGCUGGGUUCGGGGGACGGCAGAGCUGGGAUAGAGACCGUCGGCGCUCUGGGUUCGGAGACGGUGGGUUCCCUGAGGGAGAGUGGCGGAGGGGCGAGAGGCUGCCCGAUGACCCACCGGACCGAUCUCGCGGUAGAGGUAGACGACCCGACAGGUGGUGA